CAGCAUUUUCUCGACAUGUUCCAAUGGAAUCGCCUCGCCGUACUGUCUGAUGAUACCGAAGUCGCAAAAGAUCUCGUUGAAUCUUUGAGCGACAAAAGCCGACUUAAGGUCCACAACGUCUUUGUGAGCGGCAACAUAUCGGAUAUUUUGGAGUCACUUCGAAAUCUUAAUUCACGUAUCUUCUUUAUAAAUACUGGUCCAGAUGCGGUUCAAGAUAUUUUCUGUGCUGCGAAUAGAUUGAGCAUGACGGACCCCUUAAAAUAUGUGUGGAUACUGCGGGAAAGGCGCGCAGUUGAUCUGAAUUGCGGAAAAGAUUUUCCCCAGAAACACACUCACUUUACAAUUUCAUAUUGGUGGCGAGGGGGCAAUAAUACGCAAUAUUUAUCAGUUACAGCAAAUGAGCAAAAUAAAACGAAAAACAUUCUACGCAGUACCUUGGAUCAUCUGUGGCACGGAAACACAUGGCCUCCACUGGCCGCACCAUUGGUUGAUUCUUUAGAAGUACUCAUAAAGAGUUUCAAAACAUUUACUCAAUCUCAUCCAGAUAAAUAUUAUGAUUUGCACGGCGAUGGGUCUGCUGGAUUACUUUUAAACAGCCUCGAACAUCAACAAACAGAUGGAGUAAUGCAAAAUUUACACUUUGUGAACGGUACACUAUCUGAGCCGCUCGUUUUUGUGGACAAGUGGGUUGGUAACCGACGAGAGCCUAUCUUCAUAUGGCGCAUCCAAGAUGGUCACGUGGAGCCCAUCACCAAUGCUACUUAUGGUGUUCAAUAUCCCUCCGAUGGAACUGAAUUUUGUUUAACUGACCCUCAUAAUGACUCAUUCGUUCCAUCUUGCCACGAUUCCAUAUAUUUAUCCGCAUUAGGAUUCCUAAUUGUAGCCACUCUUGCAUUAUGUUUGUCGCGAAGAUUAAGACUAAAGCGUCUGGCGAAAAAAGACUCUCUUCUUAGGGCGCAGCUGCUGGCGCAAAGAGAAUGUAUGUCGAGCGAGCUCGCCGACCACUACGUCGAUCGCGCCGCCCUAGAGUUAUAUGACUAUCUUGGACAAGGGUGCUAUGGGCGUGUGCGAUAUGCAAUCUUUCGAGCACCUGAGCGUCAACCAAUCUCCGUGGCCGUCAAGGAGCUGCGCGACGACGUUCCACUGACAGAGGAGAGCGAAUUGUUGCGGGAGGCGUGCACGCUGGCGACGCUCUGCCACGACCACAUAGUGCGGCUUAUCGGCGUGUGUGCUACGGAUGGACCGCUUCUUGUGCUGUUAGAAUACGCAUUCUUCGGUAAUCUCUGCGAGUAUCUGUGCGAGAGGCGCCACCUCGCCGAACGUGCCAUGAUUACAGACGUCGAUGAAAAUGACGAAGCAUAUCACGUGUCCGCUCCAUCCCUGAACAGGAUGGCUAGAGAGAUCGCCUCUGCGCUCGCGUACCUCGCACUCAAGAGGAUCGUGCAUCGCGACGUUCGGGCGAGCAACUGCCUCGUAGACGCUCGUCGUUCAUUGAAAUUGGCCGAUUUUGGGUUGGCUCGGAAGACCGGGACGGGCGUCACUGGCGAGGAGGAGUACUCGUGCCGACGAAGAGGAAUGUUCCCGGUGCUCUGGAUGGCGCCGGAGAGCUUCGACCGCGGCGUGUUCUCGGCGGCGUCGGACGCGUGGGCGCUGGGCGUGCUGCUGCUGGAGCUGGUGUCGCUGGGCGCACGGCCCUACGGCACCUGGCCGCCGGGCCGCGUGCUGCAGUACGUCAGCGCCGGCGGCCGCCCGCCUCUCCCGCCGGACGUGUCCGAAACCACACGGCAGCUGCUGGUGAAGCUGUGGCGGCGCGCGCCGGAGCUGCGGCUGUCGGCGGCGGCGCUGCUGGCGCGCCUGGAGGCCGACGCGGCGGCGCUGGCGCCCGCGCUGGCGCCCGCGCCGCCGCCCGCCGACGAGCUCUGCCCGGCGCUCGGCGACGACGACGAAGCCACGGGGUCUCCAAACUACGGCCCCACUGCCAUCAACCCGGCCCGCGACAGCUUAAAACUAAGCUUGUUAGCAUAG